AGCGUUGUUAGAGCGCUAGUGUAAACUGCCAGGGGAACCCGGAGGGCUGGGGGAGUGGGCGCCCGGCGCGCUCCGUGGGGAGCAGGGAUGCUGGGCCCAGGUUGGGCUGACCUCAUUUAGAGUCCGCUUUCUGACCCUCCUGGAUUUGCGGUGUUUGCCAGAGCGGCGAGAAGCGCCAUUGUGGUGCGGGUGGGAGGGGUGGAGCCACCAAGUCCGGUCUCAAUUUAGAUCUCUCACUCCGCUUUUAGGCGCGCCCAUUUCAGACUGUUCAACUCGAGGCAGGGGGGCAAACAUCAGGGAGGAGGUGGAAGCCACACCCCGCAGUGCCCGCGAAUUUCCCCAGGAGCCCAGGGCUGUCCAGGCAUUCGCUGCGGAGAUGCGGGGCCCACAGCUCCUGACCGCCGCCCACCUCGUCUGCGUGUGGACCGUGUGCACCGCCGCGCUGGCCGCAGCCCCCGGACCCAAGUUUCUGGUGACAGCUCCAGGAACCGUCAGGCCUGGAGGAAAUGUUACUAUUGGGGUGCAUCUCCUGGAGCACAGCCCCUCACCGGUCACUGUGAAGGCAGAGGUGGUCAAGUUGACAGGAAACCGCACCGCCUUUAUUGUGGGAGCACAAGGAGUCUUUGAAAAAGGCUCUUUCAAGAGACUUACUCUUCCAGCAUUACCUAUGCACAGUGCAUAUGGGAUUUAUGAGCUCCGUGUAACUGGACGUGCAAAGGAUGAGCUUUUAUUCUCUAAUAGCACACGAUUAUCAUUUGACGCCAAGAGAAUGACAGUCUUCACUCAAACAGACAAAAUCCUGUACAAGCCAAAGCAAGAAGUGAAGUUUCGUGUUGUUACACUCCACGCAGAUUUUAAACCUUCCAAAGCCCCUGUAAACAUUCUAAUUAAGGACCCCAAGUCAAAUUUGAUCCAACAGUGGUUGUCAGAAAAAAGUGACUUUGGAGUCGUUUCCAAAACUUUUCAAUUAUCUUCCCAUCCAAUACUUGGUGAAUGGUCCAUUCAAGUUCAAGUGAAUGACCAGACAUAUUAUCAAUUAUUCGAGGUUGCAGAAUAUGUAUUACCGAAGUUCGAAGUUGCUCUGCAGACACCAUUAUAUCAUUUUUUGAAGUCUAAGAGUUUAAAUGGUAUUGUCACAGCAAAGUAUACCUAUGGGAAGCCUGUGAAAGGAGAUGUAACACUUACAUUUUCACCUUUAUCUUUUUGGGGCAUUAAGAAAAAUAUUACAAAAAAAUUUAAGAUAAAUGGAUCUGCAAACUUCUCUUUUAAUGAUGAAGAGAUGAAAAAGUUAAUGAAUUUUUCAGAUCAGCUUUCUGAACACAUGUCUCCAUCAUCCCCUGGGCCGGUAGAAAUUUUAGCCACGGUGACAGAAUCACUUACAGGUAUCUCAAGAAAUGCAAGCUCCAAUGUAUUUUUCAAGCAGCAUGAGUACGCCAUUGAUUUCUUUGAUUACGCUACUGUCUUGAAGCCAUCGCUCAACUUCACAGUCACUGUGAAGGUAGCACGUUCUGAUGGCAAGCAACUGACUCUUGAAGAAAGAAUGAAUAAUAUAACAAUAAUGGUGAUACAGAGAAACUCUACAGAGUACGGGAGAGGAUGGAAUAAUAGAAAUCAGGAAAUAGAAGCUUUCCAGGUCCUAAACUAUUCUGUCCCCCAGAAUGGAAUCUUAAAGAUUGGAUUCCCAAUCCUGGACAAUUCCACUCAGCUACAAUUAAAGGCCUUUUUUCUUAAUAGUGUGAAUAGCAUGGCAGCUUAUGGUGUAUUUAAGUCUCCUAGUAAAACAUACAUCCAGCUAAAAACAAGAGAUGAAAAUAUAAAGGUGGGAUCACCGUUUGAGUUGGUGGUUAGAGGCAACAAGCAAUUUAAGGAGUUCAACUACAUGGUAAUAUCCAGGGGACAGUUGAUGGCUGUGGGCAAGCAAAAUUCAACAACCUUCUCUUUAAUACCAGAAAAUUCUUGGGCUCCAAAAGCCUGUGUCAUGGUGUAUUAUAUUGAAGAUGAUGGGGAAAUUAUAAAUGAUGCUCUAAAAAUUCAUAUUCAGGUUGAUUUUGAAAAUAAGGUAAACCUAUUCUGGAGUAAACCUCGUGCUGAGCCAUCUGAGAACGUCUCUCUGAGGGUCGCUGUGACACAGCCCCACUCGCUAGUGGGGAUUGUAGCUGUUGACAAAAGUGUGUACCUGAUGAACGCCUCAAAUGAUAUUACAAUGGAAAAUGUGGUCCAGGAGUUGGGACUUUAUAACAUGGGAUAUUAUUUAGGCAUGUUUGUGAAUUCUUUUGCAGUCUUUCAGGAAUGUGGCCUCUGGGUAUUGACGGAUGCCAGCCUUGUGAAGGAUUACAUUGAUGGUGUUUAUGACAGUCUAUCACUUGAUGUGGAGUACAUGGAGGAAAAUGAUGGAAACUUUGGAGAUUCCUAUGACUUUUCUUCAGUUGAGAAUCCACAUGUCAGAAAACAUUUUCCAGAGACUUGGAUUUGGCUAGACAUCAACACGGGUUCCAGGACUUACCAAGAAUUUGAAGUUACUGUACCUGAUUCUAUCACUUCUUGGAUAGCUACUGGUUUUGUGGUCUCUGAGGAGUUGGGUUUUGGACUAACAACUACUCCAGCGGAGCUAGAAGUCUUUCAGCCAUUUUUCAUUUCUCCGAAUCUUCCCAACUCUGUGAUCAGAGGUGAAGAAUUUGCUUUGGAAAUAACCAUAUUCAAUUAUUUGAAAGUUGACACUGAGGUUAAGGUGAUCAUUGAGGAAAGUGACAAAUUUGAAAUUCUAAUGGCUUCCAAUGAAGUCAAUGACACAGGGCACAUGCAGAUCAUUCUGGUCCCUAGUGAGGAUGGGAUGACUGUUAUUUUCCCAGUCAAACCAACACAUCUGGGGGAAAUUUACAUCACAAUCAAAGCUAUUUCACCUGCUGCUUCUGAUGCUAUCACCCAGAGGAUUUUAGUGAAGGCAGAAGGAAUAGAAAAAUUAUAUUCACAAUCCGUCUUGUUUGACUUGAACAGGAGGCUGAAAACUACACAGAAAGUAUCGAGUUUCUCCUUUCCUCCCAAUAUAGUGAAUGGCAGUGAAAGAGUUCAGAUCACUGUGGUUGGAGAUAUUCUUGGCUCUUCCAUCAGUGGCUUAGCCUCAUUGAUUCAGAUGCCUUAUGGCUGUGGUGAACAGAACAUGAUAAAUUUUGCUCCAAAUAUUUAUGUUUUGGAUUACCUGACUAAAAAGAAACAACUGACGGAGAGUUUAAAAGAAAAAGCCCUUUCAUUUAUGAGACAAGGUUACCAGAGAGAACUUCUCUAUCAAAGGGAAGAUGGCUCUUUCAGUGCCUUUGGGAACGAUGACCCUUCUGGGAGCACUUGGUUGUCAGCCUUUGUUUUACGAUGUUUCCUUGAAGCUGAUCAUUACAUAGAUAUUGAUCAGAAUGUGCUACACAGAAUAUAUACAUGGCUCAAAGGCCGUCAGAAAUCCAAUGGUGAAUUUUGGGAACCAGGAAGAGUGAUCCACAGUGAGCUUCAAGGUGGCAAUAAAAGUCCAGUAACGCUUACAGCUUAUAUUGUGACUUCUCUCCUGAGUUACAGAAAGUAUCAGCCUCAUCUUGAUGUGAAAAACUCUAUCAAGUUUUUGGAGUCUGAGUUCCUCAGAGGAAUCUCAGACAAUUAUACCCUGGCUCUUACGACGUACGCGCUGUCCUUCCUGGGGAGCCCGAAAGCCGCGGAAGCUUUGGAUAUCCUGAUUCAGAGAGCAGAAAUGGAAGGAGACAUGCUAUUCUGGGUGUCAUCAGCGUCCGGACUUUCUGAGUCCUGGCAGCCCAGAUCCCUGGAUAUCGAAGUCGCAGCCUAUGCGCUGCACUCACACUUCCUGCAGAAUCGGGUUUCUGAUGGAAUCGCAAUUAUGAGGUGGCUGAGCAGGCAAAGAAACAGCUUGGGAGGUUUUGUAUCUACCCAGGACACCAUUGUGGCCUUGAAGGCCCUGUCUGAAUUUGCAGUCCUGAUGAACACAGAAGGGACACAUAUGCAAGUGACCAUAACGGGGUCUGUGGCACCAAGUCCUGUAACGUUUCUGAUUGACGCACAGAACUACUUUAUGCUCCAGUCGGCAGAGCUUGCUGUGGCAGUGCCAAUUGAAGUUAAUAUUUCCGCAGAUGGUUAUGGAUUUGCUGUUUGUCAGCUAAAUGUUUUUUAUAAUGUGAAAGAUUCAGAGUCUUACAAAAACCAAAAAUCAAUCCAAAGUCAAGAAGUCUUUGACUUAGCUGUUGCUGUAAAAGAUAAUGAAGAUGAUAUCAAUCAUUUGAAUUUGAAUGUAUGCACAAGGUUUCUGGGCCCAGAAAGAAGUGGCAUGGCCCUCAUGGAGGUGAACCUGCUCAGCGGUUUCACUGUGCCGUCAGAUGCAAUUCCUCUGAGCGAGACAGUGAAGAAAGUGGAGAGCGAUCAGGGGAAACUCAACCUAUACUUGGAUUCUGUCAAUGAAACCCAGUUCUGUGUUGAUAUCCCUGCUGUGAGAAACUUUAAAGUUUCAAAUGCACAAGAUGCUUCUGUGUCCAUAGUGGAUUACUAUGAACCAAGGAGACGCGCGGUGAGAAGUUACAACUCCAAAGUGAAGCUGUCCUCCUGUGACCUCUCUAGCUGCCCCCACGAGAGCGCGAGCGGCGCGCCGGCCGCCCUCCGUCACUCUCCAGUUGUUUUCGUUUUCUGUUUCAUGCUUCUGUCCCCUUUGCAGCGUUGGCUGUGACUUACUUUUUAAGGGCUCGGUGGGACCCAUGUCCAGAGUCACACGUGAUUGUCUUAUUUUCAUAAUCCAAUGUUGCUUCUGACUAUUUUGAAAAACAAUUUUUUUCCCUUCUUUUUGUGGGGUUGAGGGGGAUGCUGUACCACAGGUCCUAGUAUGUAUGGCUGCAUAGAUUUCUUCACCUGACUUCCGUGUGCAACAAAAUGGCGAAUUAUUGCAGCUGUAUAUCUUUAUUUUUCCCCUCUUUAAAAUAUUUCAGGAUUUUGGAGGAGGUGUUGUUUUCUCCAGAAUAAAUGUGUUAUUUUAGAUCCA